AUGGUUGUAGACGAAGUAAGAUUAGACCAUGUUGGGUUAGAACAAACGGAAAUACACGUAGCUGGUGUCGACCAGUCGGCAGCAUUGCGAUAUUUCAACGAUGUAAAGACAUGGCUUGAAGCAGAGUUUUUCUGUCGGUCAUUCGGAACCAGUGGAUGUAUGGGUGGCCAGACCGGUGGACAGGCUCAUCUUGUUUCUAUUCACUCAAAGGAUGAAAAUGAUUUCUUAUUUUCAUAUUUCGAUACGGUCAGAAAUAGACUACCGCCCUCUAUCGGCCCAAUCAGGGAUGAGCGUCUAUGGCUCGGUUUGAGUGACAAAAAGCAGGAAGGAUUCUGGACGUGGUCGGAUGGAUCAAGUCUUGACUUCGCCAACUGGAGAGCCGGCGAACCCAACAACAACGGUGGCAACGAGGACUUCGCGCAGAUGAGCGUCGAGAUCAACCACGAAGGGAAAUGGUUCGAUAUGACGGACGCGCACGGGGACUACAUUGUCCAUUUCAUCUGUAAAAUGGCUCGAUAAAAGUAGUUCCGACCUAAAGAAGACUUUAGCGAGUUUUCACAAUCGCGACGGGGACGGAUUCUACAACGGUAGAACAUCUUUUUGAAUUUGUCCGCCAAAUCGCAAUGAACAGCUUAGAGGUCUUUGUCGAAAAUUGGUGAACGGGGAAAGCUGAUCGUCCUAAAUUUCGGAGCUGACGAAAAAUUGCAGUAUCUCGUUCGUCCAGAGUCCAGGACAAAACUGUUUCGAUUCACCGAUUUUCGACAGACUGCUUUGUCAUGAUGGGCUUUUGACAGUAGACGUUCUAUGUUGUAGAAUCCGUCCCGUCGUGAUUGCGAAAACUCCGUAUACUAUGAAUACAUAGUCCGUUCCAUUAGGGAGCUCACGAUCAGCAACGGUACCUGUUUUGGAGACGGUAGCUUGGAGAGCUGUCAAAAAUGUAAUCGAAUAUCUCUUCUGCGCAUGCGGAGAUGCUGAAUGCUUUUCGUCUUUUAAAUGAUUUCUAUGACAUGAUCAUUCAGAAUGAUCAGCCAAAAUUGGUUUUGUGGAAAGAACAACUCGGUUCUCUUUGGAAAGCCCACGCGUACAGGACAAGUUCAAUCCAAAAAUAAGUUAAUGAAUAAAGAAUAAAAAGCAAAAUCCAACAAGCUUAUACUGACAUUUUCAUCAAAAUCGGAUGUAAGAUAAGAAGUUACGACAUUUUAAAGUUUCGCUUAAUUAUUGACGGACAUCAUCGACUCUCUCAUUUGCAUGUUACUGAGUUGUGCAUAUAAAUGUUCUGUGAAAAAAUAUUCAUAUAUCUGAACUGUCAUUAAUUUAUUUCACAUCCGAUUUUGAUGGAAUUUUCAGCAUUAUGCCUCUUCGAUUUGUCUGGAUUGAUCGAAAUAAACAAUUUUCUGGGAUGAACCUGACCUUUCAAUUAUGAAGUCAAAUUAUUGACCGUAAAACCGUUAUGUAACUUAUUUUGUGUUUAAAACUGACACCCCUCCCCCAUCACUUGUUUCCGCUUGGUACUGAAUUGAAAUUGGAAUAAAUCUAGGUCGUGAUAAUGAUGUUUAUUUCCUUUAAUGAAUUUCACUUUUCGUCAGGCGUAUCAUAAUAUUUGAUUCCGAUUAUUUUUUACAAUAGUUUUGUUAACAUGUUUCAAAUAAACAAAUUAGUUAAAUAAUCUAGUACUUGAAUAUGUAGUAAAUGGACAAGAUAUAUAUUCUGAAACGGUGGCGAAAAUAUUUGUUCAGGUAGAGUCUGGUACCUAAGGUCGUUGAAGAAUUGGUGCAAUAUAUAAUCUUUAAUAUAAUUCAGUGUGCAAUAAAGUGUGCAAUACAAGUUCAAGUAUUCGUUAUCAUCAGGGCAUUAAAUAACACAAUAAAUGUACCACGAUACACAAAUUAUUUAUUUGGUUUCCAUUUUAGUUUCACUUACUCUCCUAAAAACUAACGAAGUAGAAUGCAGAAAUGUCAUCAUAUAUAUAAUUAGCAUAUCGCUGUUUGUAUAAAUUGUGUCCCAAUUUGUUUUCAUAUUACGAAUGAUUCAUGCCGAUUAGCAAAUUCCCUUUCUUUACAAAAAAAAAAAGUUUAUGGAUAGAAAAAAAAAGUUGGUCAUGUUUGUAGCAUAAUAUAUCUUGUAAAAUAUAGAUGCAUAUUUGAGUAUAUUGUGUAUUACCCCGGAGCAUAAAAUUCACCCGUCUUCUUUAAAAAAAAAUUGACAUAUAUUACGUUUCCAAAAAAAUGAAUGCUCGAAGCAUAAUAUGGAUAUCUUAUUUUUUUUAAUGCAAAAAUAUGAAUGUACGGUAUGUCACCUGCAUAACAAGGUACCCUUUUUCUUUACAAAAAAAUGUACAUUUAUGUAAAAAGGAAUGCUUGUAGCAUAAUAUGAAUAUCUUGUAAAAUAUCGAUGCAAAUUUCAAGUGUA